UGUGUUUUUAAAGACAACAUGGUGGACUUUCAAAAACAGAUGUGGGAAGAAGUAGAGACGGUACUUACUGCACCUCCAUCAAAUCGUGAAGACAAAAMGAUAGAAAGCAUUUUGGUCUGGUUCAGGCAACGAAGCCCGAUCUUCAAAGAUCUUGAGGACGAUGCCAUGAAAGAUGUCAUCAAAAAUGUUAAACUGCAUCGUUUUAGAAGAGAUACAGUUAUCAUACGRCAAGGGGARAGGGGAGACUGCUUGUAUGUCGUGCUUAAAGGGAGUGUCUCACUCUACGCAAAGAAAGAAGGCGAAGGAGAAAUCUCCCAAGAGUCUUUAGUUAGAAGUCACCAAGAAAGAAUCAUACUUUUCGGUACUGARAUUAGCACUCUAAAGGCAGGAAGAAACUUUGGCGAAUCAGUCAUGACUGAUGGGAAGAAAGAACGAAACGCAACAGCCAUAUCAGACGAAGCAACCUUACUUGUCAGCAUUGAUAGUCCACUUUACCAACRCUCGCUAGCAAGCCACAAUGCUGAAUGGAAGAACAAGACUMAGUUUGUUUUUAAUUGCCCUUUGUUCGCGUCUUGGCCUUAUGCGUAUAAAACAUURUUAGUUGAGAAUCUAAGAGCUCACUCAUUUAAUUUCGGAAAUUUAGUCGUAAAGCAAGACACGUACUGCCAUAGUGUUUUCUUUAUUGCCAAAGGAAUGGGAAUGGUACUGGUCGACCCACGUAUCGCAACUAAACAAUAUGAUCGCAUCAAACCAAGGCAAACACGAAAACAGACGAGUACAUCAGAGCAAGAAGAAGAACAGGAAGAAGAUGUGACGAAGCCUUUAACGGUGAUCGAAAAAAGGCGAAAACGUCAGAUAUUCGGAUUUGUUGCUGAGGAGAGAAGACAACGCGAUCGAWUGGUWCAAGUCGCUGUCAUUGGACAAAACGAUAUCAUUGGUGACUUGGAGAUGAUUCUWGAUCUUCCUCUUUUCAGCAUGAGCGUCGAAUGCUUGGAAUCCCUUGAAUGCUACGAACUCGAUAAACCAAACUUCCACCGUCUKAUCGUAAAGCGUAAUCCUGAGACCCUUGAGAAGAUCAAGUGGGUGGCCAUUKCAAAACUGAGUUAUCGCGAAGAGAGGCUGCACCAUUUGCCAUAUUACGGUCUUCUAUUGGAGAAAGCUAUGCAAGUCAGUGAAGAAAACGCCGCAGUUUUAAAACCGGCUCURCGUCCCACGUCAGUAGCAAAAGCCAUUGUGGGGUUUUACAAGGGYAAGAAACCAACUAAAGGGAAAGACUUUUUCAAAAGAAUGCAAGGCCCCGUUUUGGGAGCUAUUGAUAAGAAUUCAGUAGCAAAAUCAACUUCAAAUAUGUCUAACGAAGGAAAACAGGGAGAAACUCAAGACUGUCAGCCUGACCGACGAAAGGACAAAAAAGGAAAGAAGCAAUACACCGCCGAGGAGUUCCGGGCUUUGAAAAAAAAAGUACAGUCUACUGGGAAACUAAUAAGAAGGAUAUCUGACUAA